CACCAGCUAACAGAAGCUUCUCCCCGCUGCUUUUAAAGAGACAAGGUCUACUUCAACAGCUUCAAUUUAGCUAUUUCUGUAGAAAAAUUACCAAAGCACACUUUGCAGUUCCUGGCUGUACUUGCCAGGAUAAAGGGAAGUUCAUAUUCUGGAAAAGUCUGCUGCUUCUCAUUUGUUCCUGGGGACCUUUCUCCGUGGAGACAAGGGCACUAUUCUAACUGAAGACGUUCACAUCGUGGUCUGUGUUUAAGUUACAUCCCAUUCCUUCAAUACAGAAGAACAACCCAAUGGACUGAUUUGAAUUACUGUGUAGUUAACGGCCAGUGACAAUAUUAAUAAUAACAAUGGCUAAGGUACCUGCCAAGAUGCUCCACUUACAGGGUCCACAGAUGCUGCAGAUGCUAGAAAAAUACUUAAGGAAGAGCCUCCCUGAGUCCUUAAAGGUUUAUGGGACCACCUUCCACAUAAACCAAGGAAACCCUUUCAAGCUAAAGGCCCUGGUGGACAAGUGGCCUGAUUUUAAUACAGUGGUUAUCCGCCCUCAGGAGCAGGAGAUGACAGAUGACCUUGAUCACUACACCAAUACUUACCAAGUCUACUCCAAGGACCCUAAGAAAUGCCAGGAAUUCCUUGGUUUGCCAGAAGUCAUCAACUGGAAGCAACAUUUGCAGAUUCAAAGUUCACAAUCCAGCCUGGAUGAUGUGAUAAAAAAUCUUGCGGCUAUUAAAUUGGGCAAGGUGAAGCGAACACAGUGCUUUCUCUAUAUGGUCUCUGAGACAGCAAAGAAAUUGGCUACUUCCUUGCUGUAUGAAAAAAACGUAUCACCCAAUGGUGAUAAAUACAAGUCCAUCCAUCAAAAGGUGUUGAAACUCUCAUCCCUGGAUCCUACCCACGCUGCCUUGGUGAAUAAAUUCUGGCAUUUUGGUGGCAAUGAGAGGAGCCAGCGAUUCAUCGAGCGCUGUAUCUGGGCCUUCCCCACCUUCUGCCUGCUGGGGCCUGAGGGGACCCCUGUGUCCUGGGCCCUGAUGGACCAGACAGGAGAGCUGCGGAUGGCAGGCACCAUACCUGAGUACCGGGCCCAGGGCCUCAUCACCUACCUCACCUAUGUCCAGAUUCAGGCUCUAGACAAACUUGGCUUCCCCAUGUAUUCCCAUGUAGAUAGGGCCAAUCACAUCAUGCAAAAACUGAGCUUCAACCUGCAGAGUAUCUCCGUGCCCUGUGACUGGAACCAGUGGAACUUUGUACCUCUGUGAAGCAGCCUUGAACACAAGACAGUGUUGAAUGGACGGGGCAUGUGGCUGGAGGAGCCGAUGGGUGAUGGAGAGAGGGAAUAAACUGUAAUCAGUGGUAAUGAAGGGUCCUGAGCUCUGAGGAAGCAGUGAUGGGUAGUGAACAGGAUAGCCUCAGUCUCUGUGCUCAAAUACCUCCCAGGAUUCCCUUAGUUUCCUCAGUAGGAAAUAGACCAGGCACCCCAGCUGUCUGGCUGGUACAACUCCCACACUUUCAGCAUCCUAGUCAUGCUUUAUACUUAGUUGCAUGUUUUUCUACGUUGUUCUUCCUGGAACUACUAGCUCAUUGACCCUUUCCAAUUUGCCAGAAGGGUUGUAAUAAUUUGUGGGUUCUAUGAUUUUUUCCCUCUGGCUUUCUAUGUUUUGUUUUUAAUUGACUAGAGAGUCACAUGUCUUCUGAGUAGCUCUUUGAAUAUCCUCCUUUCCUAGGUCACUUCUUAAGCCUUGUAUUAUAAUCAUAUGAAAUAUACUAUACACACACACCAUACAUUUCUAUAGCUAUAGAUAUAGAUGAUAUAUAUGUGUGUGUGUGUGUGUGUGUGUGUAUAAUGCAACAGAGAUAAUUAAAACAAAAAGACUGAU